CAAGGUACCCUACAUCUAUAACUUUCUAAUGCUUUUUGAGCAUCUUUGUAGGGAGGGCAUGGGAUCAGCUACCUGUUUCUGCCUCAGCCAUGGACCAAUAAUAUGAAAUCCUUGUUCACCAGUUCUACAGUGAUGGGGUGCUUCCUUUUGGCUUCUGGAAUGGGUGCGUUUGCUUCUGAGGAUCUCCAGUGUCAUAACAAACGCAUGCCAGCCCUGUUUUACAGGGAGCCCUGGAGGUGUUGGAAUAGAGGCCACAUUGAACUACCACAUUGAGGGUAGUUGCCAAGGUCCUGCAGUUACACACAAAGUCCUUAGGAUAAGACCAUGGCCCUGAGAGCAUGUGGCUUGAUCAUCUUCCGAAGAUGCCUCAUUCCCAAAGUGGACAACAAUACAAUUGAGUUUUUACUGCUGCAGGCAUCAGAUGGCAUUCAUCACUGGACUCCUCCCAAAGGCCAUGUGGAACCAGGAGAGGAUGACUUGGAAACAGCGCUGAGGGAGACUCAAGAGGAAGCGGGCAUAGAAGCAGGCCAGCUGACCAUCAUUGAGGGGUUCAAAAGAGAACUCAAUUAUGUGGCCAGGAACAAGCCUAAAACAGUCAUUUACUGGCUGGCAGAGGUGAAGGACUAUGAUGUGGAGAUCUGCCUCUCCCAUGAGCACCAAGCCUACCGCUGGCUGGGGCUGGAGGAGGCCUGCCAGUUGGCUCAGUUCAAGGAGAUGAAGGCAGCACUCCAAGAAGGACACGAGUUUCUUUGUUCCACAGAGGCCUGAGCUGACUGGAGCAGAGUCAUUUGCUUCAGUAGGAUCCUUAUGAGCCUUCUAAGAUGAAGCCACCCUCAGGUCCAGGGAAGGUUGUGCUAGUAUUUGGCUCAUCACAGCCGAGAGCAGAUAGAUUUGUGAAAUCGGCUCAACUCCCAGAUGAGAGCAAGCAAAAAUCUUGGCUGGGUGGAAAGGAAGGCAAAGAGUAAAAAUAAAAAAGGCCAAGCCCAGUAAGUGUACGUUGUACUUUAUAAAUAAACUGCAGGCAGCUCAAGGUUGUCCUUCUAA